AAUUCUAAAGAUGAAAAGUAAGACUAGAAAGAAGACUUUUUGAAUAUUUUGGUUAAGAUAUUAUAUAAAAGAAGAGGAGAAAGAAAAGAUGCGUCUGAGAAUUUCUAGAACUAGCAUUAUGCGUUAGGAUGAUCUAUAAAGCUUUAUGCGUUAUAUAAUUGACCACCCCGAAAAAUUUAAACACAUAACUCUGCAUAUUAGGGAUUUGCUCCGGCGAGUUAUGGUCGUCGUCUCCAUCAUCCUCCUCCAACAGACCAUUCCUUAAAUGGAAGAAACUAAACGAAACUCCGAUCUUCUCCGUUCUCGUGUCUUCCUCUCUGGCUUCUAUUGCUGGGACUGGGAGUUUCUCACUGCUCUCUUACUCUUCAGUUGCUAAUACUUUUGAUCCGUUCAUUGUUUCUCUUUCUGUUUAGAUUACUUUUCUUUUAAGUUCUUUUUUUUUUAUAAAUUUCACCGGAGAUGACGGCGGCUCAGAGAUCUGCUCCGGCGCCGUUUUUAAGCAAAACAUAUCAGCUAGUGGAUGAUCAGAGCACAGACGACGUCGUUUCAUGGAACGAAGACGGAACAGCUUUUGUCGUGUGGGAAACAGCUGAGUUUGCUAAACAUCUUCUUCCUAAAUACUUCAAACAUAACAACUUCUCAAGCUUCAUUCGUCAGCUCAACACUUACGGAUUCCGGAAAACUGUACCGGACAAAUGGGAGUUCGCUAACGACAACUUCCGGAGAGGACAAGAGGAUCUGCUGUCAGAGAUACGGCGGCGUAAGGCAGUGAUCGCGGCGGCGGCAGAGUCAAACUCGGCGGGUGAUGAUGAUGAUUCCACGUCAUCACCCGGGUCGAAGAAUCCUGGUUCGGUGGAGAACAUGGUUGCUGAUCUAUCCGGAGAGAACAAGAAGCUGAAACGUGAGAAUAGCAGUUUAUGCUCGGAGCUCGCGGCGGCGAAGAGGCAGCGGGAUGAGCUGGUGGCUUUCUUGAAGGAUCAGCUGAAGGUAGGACCGGAACAGGUUGAUCAGAUGAUUAAAGGAGGGAAAUUCAAACCGAAUGUGGCCCGAGAUUCUUCGUCGGAGGAAGAGAGUGACUGCGAAGGCUGCGGCGGAGACGGGGAGGAGGAGGGGGUAGGGGAAGGAUUGAAAUUGUUUGGGGUUUGGUUGAAAGGUGAGAGAAAGAAGAGGGGCCGGGACGAGAAGAAUUUUGUCGUGGGUGGGUCCCAUAUGACGGAGAUAGAGAACGUGGACUUUCACGCGCCGUUGUGGAAAAGCAGCAAAGUUUGCAACUGAUAAAGAAGACUGCUACUAGAUACUGUCCGAACAUUCGUGUUACACGUCAUUGACGAAGAAAAAAAGGAAACUGUGAUUUUAGAAUUUUUCGUAAGGAAAUUAGUAUUAUGUUUUUAUGUUAAAAAUAAUUUUAAUGUAUUAUAUACUUUAUUAUUGUAUUAAUGUGAAAAAUAAGACAGACGUACGUCGAAGUUA